CCUGAUUAUCAAUCAAAUCAAACCUACUGGGAGACAAAUGGAUAAUGCAAAACACUCAAAGUCCUCCAUGCCUCUUGCUUCUAGAUUGGAUCAUUUAGAUUUCAUUAUGAAAUAUUUGGAGAGAAAACAAAAUUUUCAAAAAUGGUGCGGCCGGAACAGUUCAGCAGAAGUUGAGAGGAAUUGCAUGCCAAUGGAUUUGGCACUGAAAGAGGCUUGCUAUAAAGGGUCUUUGUUGGAUCGUGUUGCUUCUAUUGAACAAAGGCUUUCUCAGCUAUUCUUGGACGUGGGAUCGAGUAGCACUUCACGAACCUCACCAGGCACUUCUUCUACACUUACAUCUGGGGAAACUUCAAGUCAAGGUUCUAAAAGAGAAUCCUCUUCCACAUUCCCAACUUUUAGCACUCCCAUUUCUGGAAGAUCUAAUUACAGACCAAUUUCAUCCCAAACCCAUUUCACCACUACGCUUGAAAUUCAGGAAGAUUCAAAUAGAGAACAACAAAAACGGACGCAUCCAAGUCCUCCAAAACUGCAACUUAGAAAGAAUAGACCAAAUUAUAAGGACGAUAAGUCUAACAAAAGAGGGAAGAUCAAGAAAACCCCUCCUGCUUGGCCACAUUUGAAACUAUUGGGCUGCUAAAAAUAUCCGCCACUAUUUUAUUUUAUUUUGUUGUCUUUUCUAAAUUUUGAGUUUAAGCUUCUAGCUACUCACUUA